AUGAUAGCAUCUGCAAAAUCCAGGACACAAAGUAUGGAGCAGCUUCUAAGACCAUACGAAGAAGAGCAGAAAAGGCUGUCAAAGUCAAAGGAGAGAGUCUUGUUUGAAAGGCAAAGCUCCCUUGCUUGUUCCGAAGGGCGAACAAUAGUAGUUUCAUUGAGAGGAAGGGCAAUUAACCCUGCCGUGCAUGGCAGGGUGGAUCCAGGAAAUGCUUCUAGAAGUUGGAUUUCAGGGCUUCUUGCCCUUCCUGCAGCAGCUUACAUUCUCACAGAGCAAGAAGCACAUGCUGCAGAGUUGGAACGCAUUUUUAUUACCAUCAAGACUGAUGGGGUGCAGAGGGGAUUGAUUGCAAAAAUUAUAUCCCGCUUUGAACGCAAAGGUUUUAAGCUCAUGGCAAUCAAAAUUGUG